AUGAAGCGGUCAUCCAAGGUGGUACACCUUGAGUCCGACUCCGAGACCGAAGAAGAGAAAUCCGACAACCCUGGCCAGAAGGAAGACACCAUGGAGGAGGACCCAGAGGAGAAGUUGAACCCUUGUGGAGGCCCAAAGGUGGAAUACGUGCCCUACUCCCCCAUUUUGGCACCCCGUCGAGUUUUGGUUCAUCCCACGCAACGGAACCAGGUCUUCACUGCACGAAAGGGUGUUGGAGGGAGACCCCUGGGAAUGUCCAGCAGUUCCCCCACCCUCUGCCGAUGCACCCCAACGUCAAGGACGAGUCUUUGCCCUCAGCAGGUCUGUCAGAGGGUGUGCAUCCUCAUUUCAGGUAGAUCAUACCUUGCUAACCUAGUGUGCCUCCCUUUAGUAGGAUUAGACAUCAUCCUAGGAAUGGACUGGCUCAACGAAAACCGAGUCUUGUUAGAUUGUUUUAAGAGAAAAUCCAUCUUCCCUUCUCAAUCCAUACGAGACACACGUGACCUUCCAAGAUCCUCCGAAGACACCAGUACGAGGCAAGAAUAUGCCUUGCUAAAUUCGGUAAAAGCAGACUCCCAUCAGGAGUUCUGUGAGAUACCAGUAGUACACGACUUUUCAGAUGUCUUUCCCGAAGAUAUACCCUCGUUUCCCCCAACACGAGAGGUUGAGUUCUCCAUAGAAUUGAUACCUGGGACAGGGCCAAUCUCCAGAGCCCCUUACCGGAUGACUCCAGUGGAGCUCACUGAACUAAAGAACCAACUAGAGGAGCUGCUGCAAAAAGGAUGCAUCAGACCAAGCGUCUCUCCCUGGGGAGCUCCAGUAUUGUUUGUGAAGGAAAAAGGACGGCAGAAUGCGUCUCUGCGUGGACUAUAG